AUCCUGCCCUCCCAUUAUGUGAACAGAUGGGGCAUUGUUCCCCGAGGUCCUCUUGGUGUUAUCGGGGGUGGCACAGGCAACGAUGGCGUGUUCGCAAAUGUCGCUGCGAAGCCAACGACCGGCGUCCGCGUUCAAGACGGUGACAAUGUAUAUAUGGUACCGGAGGAAUCGGUGCGGGAGUCUCCUCCGUCGUACGCAGCCGCACAGGCGGACGCCGCACCUCCCUAUUUUUCAAACACCGUUUUCGCACCUUUCGAUACUGGUUCUAUGAGCAUUGGCUCGGUCGUCGUCGAUAAUCUUCCGACGGGCACCCUGUUCGUGUUCAUGUGGAAUGCACUUAUUUCGGUCUCGUUUCAGUUCAUUGGCUUCCUCCUCACCUACCUCAUGCAUACCACCCACGCUGGGAAGUUUGGAAGCCGUGCAGGCCUGGGCGUUACUAUGAUUCAAUUUGGCUUUGGACUCCGUGCACAAAUGGAGGACGCCAUGGCCGGUGAACCUGGUCCAACUCAGUGGCCAUCGGCUGCGGAGACGAUGUCAUUUGGUACUGGAGCGGAGACAGAGGAAUACUACCAGGGUCUGGUUAAUAACUCGACCAUGACGAUGUCUAGCGAAAUCGGCGCCACGGAUGCGAUGGUCGUGAGCGCAACGACGGACUGGCUGUCGUUCUUCCUUAUGACAGUCGGGUGGUUCAUCCUCCUCACGUCAGCACUUGGUUUCUGGCGGGUCAAACGCUGGGAG